GAAGGAAGGCGGAGGCGGCCGCAGGGAACCGUUGGAGCGGCCCCGGGAGUGGGAGAAGGGCCUGAACAGCGAUCAGAGCGAGCGGCUGAGCCAAGGGGCCGGCGAGAUGGGCGGGGAGCAGGAAGAGGAGCGCUUCGACGGCAUGUUGCUGGCCAUGGCCCAGCAGCACGAGGGCGGCGUGCAGGAGCUUGUCAACACUUUCUUCAGCUUCCUGCGACGAAAAACAGACUUCUUCAUUGGUGGCGAGGAGGGGAUGGCUGAGAAGCUCAUCAAUGAGACAUUCCGCCACCACAACCAGUUGGCCCAGAAGGGGCGUCGAGAGAAGCAGGCGAGGCAGGAAGCUGAGCGGCGAGAAAAGGCUGAGCGAGCGGUGCGACUGGCCCGUGAGGCCCAGCAGGAGGCCUCUGGGCCCCAGAUCAAGGAGCUGACGGACGAGGAGGCCGAAAGGCUCCAGCUGGAGAUUGACCGGAGGAAGGGCGAGGAAAACAAUCAGAAGGGGGACGGACCAGCUCAGCCCUUGAACAGCUCCAACUCAGCGGUGAAACAGGAGGCUGAUGAUGACGAAGAGGAGGAAGAUGAAAAGGACAAAGGGAAACUGAGACCUAACGCAGGCAAUGGAGCUGACCUCCCCCACUACCGGUGGACACAGACCCUGUCUGAGUUGGAUCUGGCCGUGCCCUUCUCUGUGAGCUUCCGACUGAAGGGCAAGGACGUGGUCGUGGACAUUCAGCGGCGGCAUCUGCAGGUGGGGCUGAAGGGGCAGCCCCCACUCAUUGCCGGUGAGCUCUACAAUGAGGUCAAGGUGGAGGAGAGCUCCUGGCUCAUUGAAGAUGGCAAGGUGGUGACAGUGCACCUGGAAAAGAUCAACAAGAUGGAGUGGUGGAGCCGCGUGGUCUCCACUGACCCUGAGAUCAACACCAAGAAGAUUAACCCAGAGAACUCUAAGCUGUCUGACCUCGAUAGUGAGACCCGAAGUAUGGUGGAGAAGAUGAUGUAUGACCAGCGGCAGAAAUCCAUGGGCCUGCCAACCUCGGAGGAACAAAAGAAGCAGGAGAUUCUGAAAAAGUUUAUGGAGCAGCAUCCAGAAAUGGACUUUUCCAAAGCCAAAUUCAACUAGCAUCUUCAUACCCCCAACCUUUCCCUUGGGAUCCUAUGCUCCUCCUCCCCCUUGCCUGACCUCUUUGGACACCUUCUACCCUAGAGGAAGGAUUGUAAUGCAGGGCCAGGCACAGGAUCCCUGGCCCUGGGUGGGCCUUCAGCCCCAAAGGCAACUCCCAGGACUGUUCCUGGAGCCUCCAGGGUGGGAGGAGAAAGCAGCUUGUACUCCCCUCUGCCUGUUACAGAAGUAAAGGAACGUUUGACCCUG